UCUUUUAAGUCAUCAUGGGUGUCUUCACUCAUGAAUCUCAGGGAACCUCAGCUAUCCCCCCAGCUAGGCUUUUCAAGGCCUUUAUCCUUGAUGGUGACAACCUCAUCCCAAAGGUUGUACCACAGGCCGUUAAGUCCGUUGAAAGAAUUGAAGGAAAUGGAGGACCUGGAACCAUCAGGAAGAUUACCUUUGGCGAAGGCAGCAAAUAUAAAUAUGGAAAACACAGGAUUGAUGUGAUGGACCCUGAACACUAUACAUGUUGCUUUAGUGUGAUUGAAGGUGAUGGUUUGUCUGACAAUAUAGAGAAUAUUUCUACUGAGACCAAGAUUGUGGCAAGCCCUGAUGGAGGAUCCAUCGUGAAGAGGACCAGCAAGUACCAGACAAAGGGUGACUUUCAGCUCACGGAGGAGCACUUCCAGGGUGGUAAAGAAAGGGCCACUAUGAUCUUCAAGGGUAUUGAGACCUACCUCGUGGCACACCCUGAUCUCUACAACUAAACCUUGUGUUUAUUUAUACUGGUGCGUCCCAUUGGCAGUUCAUCAGGUUGCGGCCUUUUCUUUUUCUAUUUGUGUCUAGUCAAAAUUUGUUCUUUGGCUUGCUAUUUCUACUUGCCCCACCCUCCCUUAAAAGUUGACAUGGCUUUUGAGUGAAGUAGGGGUGUACCUUUAUAUUAGAACCCCUUUUCCUC